AUGGACCAAAUGUCGGGAAAUAAAGAUGUUAUAAAUUGGAACAAUGCAGAAAAAAUUCUAAUUAUUUUAAAAAAUAUUAGAGAGAAAAUAGCAGAAAAGAAAAUAUUUAAAUUAUACGAUUUGAUUAAAGAUGAUAUGGAAAAAAUUAUUAAGCGGGAUAAAGAAGACGCAGUAACAAGCUAUCAUCCAAUGCUGGAGGGGAAUACAAUUGAUGACUAUAUUAGAGAGUUGAAUAAAAAUACAAUCAGAGAUUUGAUGGUGAAAAAUGGGGAUUUUAAACAAAAAAUAAUGGGUACGCUUAGUUAA